GGUGUAUCCGCGUGGCGCGCGAGUUAGAAGUUACAUUAGCUUAGUGCUUUUAGUCUUUCAUAUAUCCUAGAACACUUCCUACAUACGUUGUUCAUUCAUUCUGAUUCUUGUCAUACCUCGUGUUUCGUUAACGACCACAACAUGAUUAAAUACAAUAGAAUUAAACCCAAGUAAAGUGAAAACAACUAGACCGUAACUAUCAAAUGUAAACAAUAGAGUAGUUCAAGCUCACUUAAAAUAUAAAGCUCAAGUUAUAAAAUCUCGGUUGUCUGUCGUUGUUACUUUGCUAUAAAUCAUGUUUUACAUUUUUACAAUUGCAUUAAAUAUGUAAAUUAAUUUGAUAUUUAAUAUGUGGCAUUGAUUGCUGGAAUCAGUUCAAACAAAAGAAGUGUAAACAAACAAGUGAAAAAACUUUGUUUUACUCCAACUACACGGUAUAUCAAUUGAAAAAUAUGAGGACUAGUGACCAUAAUUGAAUUAAUAAUAAUUAUAAAGUACAGUAAUUAUGGCAUCAAAGAUAACAGUAUUGAGAAAGACCGAAGACAUUGAUGAAGAAAACAGAAAGACGACAAUGGCACAGCGAAGGUGGAGAUUAUUAGCACGUGCAUUAACCCACUCAUCAGACCAAUUAAAUCCAGCAGAAGAGGAAAUAUCAGUACGUCGUUUCACCUCGUUCGGUUUAGUUAAUCCAACAUUAUUAGAAAAUGCACCAGUUGAUCCCGAAUCAUCGUGGUAUGAGUACAGCUGUGUAAUUGAAAACGAACUUUUUAUUGCUCAAGUACGACGUAUCAACAAGACCUUCACGGCAAACGAGCUUAUUGGUUUUAAUAAUACCGGUAACGUGUGUGUAUGGCCGUCUGAAGAAUGUUUAGCGUAUUAUUUAUUAAACAAUCAAAAUAUCUGCCGCGAUAAAGUAGUAUUAGAGCUGGGCGGUGGUAUGAGUUGUCUUGCUGGUGUUUUUGUUGCCAAAUAUUGCGGACCUGCUGGUGUAACACUUACUGACGGUAACGUCACAAGUGUCGACAACGUAAGGUGUAUCGUUGCCAGAAACAACAUGGAAGAUUCGGUUAAAUGCGGUGUUGUGCAGUGGGCCAGGGCAGCAGCUGCACUUAGAAAAACUGCCAACGGUAAUCGAGUUCAGACAACAUGGUGUUCUGAAAGUGGCGACGAUUCACGCAGAACUGAAGGUCUUUACGAUGUAAUACUCAGCGCUGAUUGUUUAUUUUUCGAUGACGUGCGACUUGAUCUCAUUGAAACAAUUUACGGUUGGCUUGCAGACGACGGCAUUGCACUGAUGAUGGCACCUAAACGCGGUACAACAUUCCAGAAAUUCGCUGAAGCGGCUGUUAAACGUGGGUUCUUAGCAAGACAGAUGGAAUUAUACGAUAAUCGUGUAUGGUCAAGACAUCUCGAGCUAUUACAGCAUAAUCAUGAAUACUCAGCUGAUCUUCAUUAUCCUGUUUUACUUGAGCUUACAAAACAAAGAAAUUCAUCGCCUAGUUGAAAUUUUUAUUAUUUUUUAUUUUUAAAACUAAAUGCUAAUUAUUGUCGUUUUUUAUUUAAUAGCCAGUAAAUUUAAAUAAAAAAAGUAUGAUCUCACACUUUUAAUUCACUGUAAAAAAUUUGCGGAGUGAACGCGGAUUGAAUCCGGAGUGAAUGAAUGUAUUUAUUUAAUCCCCUCGGAGUGAAAUUUACUCCGAAGGGGAGUUUAUGUUAAUAUUAAAACUUCGAAUCGAAGUGAAUGCGGAUUUAAAUAAAAUCCAGAUCACUCCGCUAAAAAGACAAACUCCCUAUUUACUCCAUAAGCGAAAUGAUUUGUUUUAAGGAGGACAGCCUCUGUGUCGACCGAAAAAAUGAGUGAUUUUCGGGAAUGUUUUUGACCAGGACAAUUAUAGAAUAUGGGUAUCGGGUUUUUUUUUUUAAUUUUGUUAAGUGUAGUUUUUAUAAAUUUUUAUUGAAAAAUAUAAAAUAAUCAACAAGUAAAAUAACGGUUGACACGAUUUCUCGACAACGGGUUAUCUGAAAAAAAAAAAAAAAUCAACAUUAUCUGUAUAAAUGUAGUUAUCGUUGUACGAAACCGAUUUUUUUAAUUUUGAUUAUUCAAAAAGUAGCGACCGAUUGAAAAUUUUUUCGUUUUCGCGCUAUUUUUUAUUUUUUUUAUUUAUGCAGUCUUAAAAAAUACACGGAAAAAAAAUAUCAGUAAAUAAUAUUCAGAUUCUCAUCAACAGCGCGCCUAGACCGAAUAUUAGUAAAUAUUAUGGAGUAGAACGUAAGAAAUUAACAACAGAUGCAUUUUUUUGACGAGUGUCUUGUAGUUUUUUAAGGUUUAAGUAGUAAUUUCAAAUAGUCAAGCAGUAUAUUUCAACGAUUAACUUAAUUAUAGCAGUUUAAACAUUAAAAUCAUAAUUUUACUGAUUGAAACGACAUUAGUUAUUGAUCAUAACAUGAAUAAUUAGGAGUUGAACUACAAUUAUUGUCAAUCAUUUUCUUCCGUGUAGUAAGAAUCAAAAUAAAAAUAAAAGGCUACGCUUAACCUAGUCUAUUUCAAAGACGAAUAAAACAAAAAAAAGUUAAAUAUUGAUUGAUAAUUGCUAGAGUCAUCGAUGCAACCAGCUCGAAAAAAGUUCUUUUGAGUAAAAUGCUUUCAAAGUUUCUAGUUAAUUUCUCUUACUGUAAAAUCAUCUAUCUUCUAAAUAUUUAUACUUACAUCAAUAACUGUAAUUCAUUCAAUUCUUGGAAUUUUACUCAAAAUUUUCUUCACAUUUUCGAAUAUAUAAACUUUUAAUUAAAACAAAAAAAAAUUGUUUUUUUAUUUUUCACAGUGGCUAUCCCCCUUAAAAACUUCGAAACUCCAAAUGACGGAGUGAAUACGGAUUUGAAUAAAAGCCGUAAUCACUUCAAAUUCACUCCCGAUUUUUUUACAAUGUAAUGAUAUUAUUGUUUUAAAUAAUUUAUUGACUUUAAAUAAGAAUUAGCUAAAUAAAAAUCUAACUAGAAAUUUUUUGGCAAAAUUUCAACGUAACAUCUUCAUUAAUUUAUUUUCAUUUAUGUUGCCAAAUAUUGAGAUAAAAACAUAUCUUGAUUCUUUCUUUUUAAAAAUUCUUAUUAAAAUAGAUGAAAUUACCCAAAUAUAUUUAUUUUUUCAAAAGUUCAUGCAAAAUUUUAAAUUAAUGUUGAAAAAGAAUUUAUAUGUACACUGAAAAAAAGAAAUAUUUGUCCCAAAUAAAUCAAUUUAUUAGUGGCUUUUUUUUUGAAUAAUUGUUAAUGACAAAUAAAUAUAUUUGGUUCAACAAAAUAUGACAGUUGAUUCAAAUAAUUUUAUAAUUUGAUGGAAAUAUAUAAUUUAUUUGUAGUAAUUGGAUCAUUUCUUUACCACAAAUAAAUCACUUAUUUCACGCAAUUAAACUACUCAAAUAUAUUAUAUCUUUCUCACAAUUAAAUAUUUAUUUGGCCAUAUUCAAAUAUACGAUAUCUUUGGUUCAAAUAAAUCUUAGUUGGCUCAAAUAAAUCUUUUUUUCAGUGUAUUAGUGAAAACAUUAAAGACGACUUUUUAUCACUAGUUAUAGUUUUAUCUUUAAAGUUUUGAAAACUCUAUUCAAAGCUUCAUGUUGAAGUAAAAGUGUUCUGUAUAUAAAAUGCAUGAUUAAAGUAUGACUGUGAUAUUCUAAUUAUGUCUAAGAAAUCCAAUUUCUUUUUCAAAAGAAGAGUAAAAUUAAAAAAUAAAAUGAAGUAAAGUAAAAAAAAAAAUUAUAUACUUUGUAAAACAUUGAUUAAAUGUUUUUGAAAAUUCGAUUAAAUUUUAGAGAUUUAAAAAAAAAGAAGAUUCUUGAAAUCUAGAUAAAAAUAAAGAUCUUUGAGACGAUAUUCGACGUAAGUAAAAUAAAGUUCAAUUUUAUUUUCAUUCAAAAUGUUGAAUAAGUUUAAACCGACCGUAAAAUUCUGAGUUUAUUGUAACAUAUCGUCGAUUUAGUCAUCGAGGAUUUAGUCAAUCGAUUUGCCUUAAUUUUUUUUUUUCUCAAAGCUAUUUCAUUUUAUGUUUGAGUAUAAUCUAUUCUAUAUUGAAUGGUUGUUUGUAACGUGAAAAGAUUGUUAGUAUAUUUUGUAAACUUACUAAUUAAAGAUUUAAUAUUGUAUAAGGGUUACGGGCUUAGUUCAUGUACUUUUAAUGACGAUGGAACUAAGUAACGAGAGAAGCUUAAUAAUUAAGACCCUUGUAUGCUUCCACUGCGUAUCAUGUAUACUUUGUAUAGCUCCGACGAAGGACCAAUCUAGUUAAUGCUAGUCAAUUAUUCUAAUUAUUAAUUAUGUUCAUUAAUUAAAAUAUAUUUGUCAUUGUUACUUAUGGAGAUGUAUAAAUUUUACAGUAAAUUGUGAAUAUUUAAUUACAUCAUUAAGGAUAAUAAAUUAUUUUAAAUUUAAUAAUUA